AUGCUCGUUAGUGUUGUCAGAAAUGCGCCGAUGCUCUUCAGCUCCUCCGUUGCCGGGAUUACCGGCAUGGACACCCCAGGCAUCACCCAAUGCACUGUGAACAACAGCGGAUUCUUCGUCUGCAACAACUCGGUGGAAGACCUCCAGUACCCCAGCUACAGCACUGGCAAUGGAAGCGACGUCGUUUGGGAGGGGCCCACCGAUCAAAACCUCAACUCUUGCGUUACUUGCCGCUUCCUCAACUGGAAGAUGUAA